AUGACGUUCGGAGAACUCGCUUGCACCUAUGCUUGCCUGAUUCUUCAUGAUGAUGGCAUCCCCGUCACUGCGGAGAAAAUUUCGACACUGGUUAAGGCUGCUAACGUGUCAGUGGAAUCUUACUGGGCAAGCCUUUUUGCUAAGCUCUGUGAGAAGAGGAACAUUGAGGACCUUAUCACGAACGUUGGAGCUGGUGGUGGUGGUGCCGCGGUAGCAGUUGCUGCUCCUGCCGGUGGCGCUGGUGCUACUGCCGCCGCUGCUGCCCCGGCCGUUGAGGAGAAGAAGGAGGAGCCCAAGGAGGAGAGCGACGACGAUAUGGGUUUCAGUUUGUUUGAUUAG